UCGUGUCUCUCUGACAACUCCGAGCUCCCUCUCCGCUCUCCAGUCAUGAUCGCCAGACAGCAGCGUGUUCUAGGCGGGUCCCGGGGCUUUAGUUGUGGCUCGGCCAUCGUAGGCGGGGGCAAGAGGGCAGCUUUCAGCUCGCUCUCCGUGUCUGGGGGCGCGGGCCGCUGCUCCUCUGGGGGCUUCGGCAGCAGGAGCCUCUACAACCUCGGGGGGAACAAGAGCAUCUCCAUCAGCGUGGCCGGGGCCCGUCAAGGUGCCGGAUUUGGGGCUGUGGGAGGUUUCAGUGCCGGCAGCUUUGGCGGUGGAUUUGGGAGCUCCUUCAGUGGACGGGGUGGUGCUGGCUUCGCCGUCUGCCCUGCUGGGGGGAUUCAGGAAGUCACCAUCAACCAGAGUCUGCUGACCCCCCUCCAUGUGGAGAUUGACCCUGAGAUCCAGAAGGUCCGGACUGAGGAGCGGGAGCAGAUCAAGACCCUCAACAACAAGUUCGCCUCCUUCAUCGACAAGGUGCGGUUCUUAGAACAACAGAACAAGGUCCUGGAGACCAAGUGGAAACUCCUCCAGCAGCAGACAACCACUACAUCCAGCAAAAACCUAGAGCCCUUCUUUGAGGCCUACCUCAGUGCCCUGAGGAAGCAGGUGGAUACCUUGGCCAAUGACAAAGUACGUCUGCAGUCUGAGCUGAAGACCAUGCAGGACAGCAUGGAGGACUUCAAGACCAAGUAUGAAGAUGAGAUCAACAAGCGCACAGCUGCUGAGAAUGACUUUGUGGUCCUUAAGAAGGACGUGGACGCCGCCUACAUGAACAAAGUGGAGUUGGAUGCCAAGGUGGACGCCCUGAAUGACGAGAUCAACUUCCUGAGGGCCCUCUAUGCUGCGGAGCUGUCCCAAAUGCAGAGCCAUGUCAGUGACACAUCCGUGGUCCUGUCCAUGGACAACAACCGAGACCUGGACCUGGACAGCAUCAUUGCCGAGGUCCGUGCCCAGUACGAGGAGAUCGCCCAGAGAAGCAAGGCCGAGGCUGAGGCGCUGUACCAGACCAAGGUCCAGCAGCUCCAAACCUCAGUUGACCUACAUGGUGACAACCUGAAGAACACCAAGAAUGAGAUUUCAGAGCUCAACAGGUUGAUUCAGAGGCUGCGGGCCGAGAUUGAGAAUGUCAAGAAGCAGUGCGAGACUCUGCAGGCAUCUGUGGCUGAUGCAGAGCAGCGUGGGGAGCUGGCCCUAAAAGAUGCCUACAGCAAGCGCACAGAGCUGGAGGCUGCCCUGCAGAAGGCCAAGGAGGAGCUGGCCCGGAUGCUGCGCGAGUACCAGGAGCUCUUGAGCGUGAAGCUGGCCCUGGACAUCGAGAUUGCCACCUACCGCAAGCUGCUGGAGGGCGAGGAGAGCCGGAUGUCUGGAGAAUGCCAGAGUGCCGUGAGCAUCUCCAUGGUCAGUGGUGCUGCCAGUGCAGGAGGCAUCGGUGGAGGAUUAGGAAGUGGCUCCGGGUUUGGCCUGGGUGGUGGUUUUGGCUCUGGCUCCGGAAGUGGCUUUGGGUAUGGUGUUGGUGUUGGUGGCAGUUCUGACAGUAAGACCAUCUCUACCACCACCUUGACCAAGAGAUCCUACCGAUAGAGAAGAUGAGGUUCCUGCAGCCCCCUGAGCCCAGCCGGGCCCAGCCCUGGUGUCUCUGUGCUUCCCUCACCCUGCCUCCACUCUUCCCCUCUGGGGCUUGUCUUACGAGUGUCACCUCAGUGCCAGGGCACAGACUCUGCCCUCUUGGAGUUUGGUAGCUUCUUCUUGAUUUGGGUUUGGUGACUCACCUGGAAUGGGAGGGGUGUCAGCUGACUCUUCACCUCCAUGGACAGAGGAGAAUACAACCAGGAGCUUCAUCUCCAGAAUUAUCAGGGCCACAUAUGUCCCCUCCCAGCCCAAUGUUUUCUCCCACUAGAUCCCAGAUAUCCCUCUAAAUCAGGACCAAACUCCUUCCCAAUCACUUGGCAGCAACUAGCUCUGCAAGAUCAGGACAAGAACCACUCAGAGUCCCACCAACUCUUCUCCUUCCCUCUGUCCAUUUUCGGGUGAAUCUUCAAUAAAAUGCUUUUGUCAUUCUAUCUGA